CGCAGCUCAUACGGUGCAGGCUGUGGGCAGGGACUGCCCUGUGGGGCAGGUGGCACUGGGGCUUGAAUGCUGCCUUAGAGCAGGGUGGGACCAGAUUGGGCCGGACCAGAUUGGACAGGGGCUGGGGGUGGCAGUGAGUGGAGGAAGGAGGAGGAGAGGCAGGUGUGAAGCAGAGUCAAGGCAGGCAGUGCCACGAGGAGGGGCAUCCCUACCCACUGCCCACAGCGAUGGAGCACAACAGCAGCAGCAGGGUGAGCCCGGGCCCCGAUGGGGCAUCCACAAACCUCAGCCUCCUGCUGCUGCUGCAGACACGGGACGAGGCGCUGGCACAGGCCGAGGUGGGCGUGCUGGGCGCCGUGUUGGCCGCGGCGGCGCUGGGCAAUGCAGCCGUGCUACUGGCGCUGUGCAGCCGCCGUCGGGGCGGGCAGCAGCUGAGCCGGGUGCGCCUCUUCGUGCUGCACCUGGCUCUGAGCGACGUGGCCGUGGCCCUGUUCCAGGUGCUGCCGCAGCUGCUGUGGGAGCUGACCUUUCGCUUCGCGGGGCCCGACGUGCUGUGCCGCGCCGUCAAGUACCUGCAGGCGCUCAGCAUGUUCGCCUCCACCUACGUGCUGCUGGCGCUCACGCUGGACCGCUACGAGGCCGUGUGCCACCCACUGCGGGCGCUGCGCCAGCCCGCCCGACGGCCGCACCUGGCUGCGGCUGCUGCUUGGGCACUCAGCGCCCUGCUCAGCACCCCGCAGCUCUUUGUCUUCUCGCUGAGGGAGGUGCGGCCUGGCUCGGGUGUGCGGGACUGCUGGGCCCAUUUUGCCCCAGCUUGGGGUGCCCGUGCCUACGUGACCUGGACGGCGCUGGCCAUUUUCGUGCUUCCUGCCGCCGCCCUGGCCGCCUGCUACAGCCUCAUCUGCCGUCGGGUGGGCCGCAGCCUGCGGGCAGGGGGUGCGGCACGGGUGAGCAGUGGGCAUCGCCUGUCCCGUGCCAAGGUGCGAACCGUGCACAUGACUCUGGUCAUCGUACUGGCCUACGUGGCCUGCUGGGCACCCUUCUUCAGCGUGCAGCUCUGGGCCGUCUGGGAUCCUGGCGCUCCGGGCGAGGACUCCAGCGACGCGGCGUUCACCAUCACCAUGCUGCUGGCCAGCCUCAGCAGCUGCUGCAACCCCUGGAUUUACAUGUUCUUCAGCGGGCACCUGCUGCACGAUGCCCUGCGCUCCCUCUCCUGCUGCACGCGCCUCCGCCCAGGGCUUAAGAGGCAGGUCUCCAAUGGGAGCCUCUGCAGCCGGAAGACCACCAUCCUCACUCACGGCCACCCCAGCACCACUCCCGGGAUCCCACUGCAGCAGGGGCCCUCGAGAGACUUCUACCAGCCCUACGAGGACGUGGCGACUGAGUCCGGUGUGCUCUAGAGGGGCUGGGCCCCCCCAGGGCAGCCAGCACACUCCUCUCCGUGCUGAGGGGCAGUGGUGGCUGUGUGUGGCAGGAACAUGGGCAACGGGUCUCACGGAUACCAGUCUCGCCCCACUCCUGCUUCCAGGCUGUUCUAACAGCAAAUGCAUGAAGGCAACUGGAUCACCAAAGCCCCUGCCCAUGUAAAGCCCCGUCUCGCUUCACCCUCCCCUGGUACAGCGGGCGGGCACACCCCUCUUCUCUCACCUGGGUACCCAGUGCUCACUUGCUGCUCCCCUGCCCUUAGCUAAUCAUCCCCCACACCCCCAGCUACCAGCUGCUUUAACCAUCGUGACACACAAAGCUCCCACUGCUUGUUGCUUGAGAUCAUUAUUGCACCAGAUAGGGGCCCUACAGGCAAGGGGUGCGGAUGGAUGAGGCAUUUCCCCUCUCACAGGCACCCAGACAGCAAUGCUGCUAUAAAGCCCAAACCAAGGCGAACAUCAAGCCUGUAAUACCCAGCCGCACAGGCACAAACUGAGACCUUCAGGGCCUGCGAGCUCAUUCCCACCUGGGCAUCUGAGUGGCAGGCAGGGUCAAGGGUCUGCCCAGCAGCUAUCGUCAUGUCCAGCCAACCUGGAGUCCCCAGUGGAAGGACCAGGGACCCAAGCACAGCUGGGGGCAGCCUCCAGCACAGGUCCAGAGCGGGGCUCAGUCCUGCCUCGGGAGUCACCUCGAAUGCUCUCCCACCACGCCACGGGAAGGAAAAGGGGGUGCCCCGGGAUCGUAGGACCGCAUCGCCCGCUGCUUUGCCCAGGCCCCAGCGCCCUCCUACGGUGGGAAUUACCUUGCUGCUCCCAGCGCAGUCGGUUCUCUCGGUGUCGCCCUCACAGGGCUGUGGCUGCAUCUCGUGGAGUUCAUUUUUAAUAAGCUGUUGAUUGCAGCUCCUGUGGCACAGCUCUGAUGUUAGCAAAGGCAGCUCAGCUACGCCGGCCCCAAAGCUCAUUAAAAACCAUGGC